ACGUAUCAGGAUGCACCAGCAGGCAGAGACGAUAUUCACGUGCGGCUUCGAGAUCUUCGGGAGAGUCCAGGGGGUGCGGCUGCGCAAACAGACCCUAGAACUGGCCACCGUUAAUCAGGUGCGCGGUUGGGUGAUGAACACCGACAAGGGCACGGUCAAGGGUCAGCUGGAGGGCACCCUGCAGAAGGUCAAUGAACUCAAGUUCUGGCUCCUUAACUGUGGCAGUCCCCGUGCCAUAAUCGAACGGGCCGAGUUCACACCAACGAAGGAGAUCGUCACCCAUACGUUUAGUGGAUUCUCGAUCCGUUAUCAUCAUGCUCCUGUCUAGCUUUCUUCCAAAUCUUAGAUGUGUAAUUGCUUGUUUGGAACUUCAAAAUUGUGUCGUCAAUAGAAACUGCGGAUAUCAUUUGUAAAACCUCAAAAAUAAA